GCCAUAAACCUCGACAGAGAACCCCCCCCCCCCCUCAUCUGGUUUCACAUCAUUGGGUUUCAUUGAGGAGGAGGACGGUAAAACAAAUCAGCUGCAUGAGAUGGAGAGGAGUUCGAGGACUUCAACAUGAACGGCGGAUAUGAUCCGCAUUACGGCUGGACCAGAUCCCAUCGGCUUUAUCUCCCAGAUUCUCCAGCUGUUGACCCUUGGGUUAGACUCUUCUGUUCUACCUGCUGGGCUCCUGUUUGUCCCUGCCUGCUUGGCUGUGCUGAGUGAUGAAGAUCCCUCUGUGGAACCUGGUGGUGCUGCUGGCGUGUCUCUUCACCCCUGGACGCAGUGACUGCCAGGGGGACUGCGUGGCCUGUGGCUUGCUCUUUCAGCAGCAGCAGCAGAUGCAGCAAGCCUUCAACACCGUGGUGUGUUUGUUGGAGUGCGAGGGUCAUGUCUCCUCUUCGCUCACAUGGGAGGUGUGUAGACGGGCCGUCAAGAUGUCGCACUACCCCCCGCUGUUGGAGAGAGAGCCUCUGUUCAAGAGAACGGGACAGGAGCUGGAGCUCACUUCUCUGGAUCUGAACUCUGACAGUGAAGUGCUGCAGUCGGCGGCUGUGGAGCCCUUCCAGGAGGGGGGACGGGAUGAGGCGCCCUUUGAGCCGCGCAGGGCCCAGUAUGACUCAUCUCUGCUGGAUUCCUCCGAGGAGGGGGAGGGCCUGCCGGGUCUGGAUCUCAGCGUGGCGGACGCAGAGAGGGAGCCGAGGGACGAGAGGAACGCGGGGAGCGACAGCCAGCUGGAAGGGGACGAGGACGAUGCCUUAGAGGCCAUCACCUUAUCCAAACGCUUUGGUGGCUUUCAGAGGGGGCGCCACGGGUACAGGAAGCUGAUUGGCUCAGCCGCGAGGCCCAUACAAAAGCGCUACGGGGGUUUCAUAGGCGUCCGGAAAUCUGCCCGCAAAUGGAACAGUCAGAAGCGGGUGAACCAGCUGCUCAGGCAGUACCUGGGCAUGAGGAGCAGCCGCAGCGGCAGGUUCAACAGCAUGCCAGUCACUCGCACGUGGAGGCAAAACAAACUGUAACGCGUCCCCGGCGCUCUCACUAGUCCCAGUUACCUGAACCAGAUCACGUUCCCAGCAUCUCACUCCACGUUUGACGAGUGACGUCACCGUCGUCACCCAAAAGAACAGACUCCGCCAUCUCGCCGCGCCUCUUUUUGUGUCUCUAAGUAUCAAGGAAUGUUUUGACCGUGAUGUCCUUCUUAUUAAGCAUAUUUUAACGCCAUUCUAUCAAAUAAAAGAAUUAGAGAAGUGCAAUUGGAUACAUUUUGUGUGUGUGUCGGUGUAAUAA